AUGGAUAAAACACGUCUUUUCCCUUCAUCUAGUCCCCACCUGCCCACUGUUUCAACUCCGCUCUCCAUCCUCGACGCCACUGUUGCUCGAUUCUCCGCCACGGGUGCGGUAUGGUUGUUCGAACAUAUCCCCGAGGAUAUCAAUGAAACCGAAUUUAUCGAUCGCCUGUGCUCGUCGUUUGUGGAUGCCCUUGGUGACUUUGAACACUGGGCAGGCCAGCUGCAGUGGGCACCGGUACGACCAGGGGGUUCGCACACACAACGCUUCAACCGACCUAUAAUCAUCUAUGGCGACUAUAACGACCCCGGUGUUGAAUGGAGCGUCGUGCGACAUCCAUCCAUCCCGGUACAGUCGUUGGCCCCCUCGGCUUCAGAGCGCGCACUAGGAAAAGGAGUCUGGAUAGGAGACGAUUUCGCGCAGAGUCUGUUUCUCUCGGAUACGCCACUGCCAUUGCACGAUCUGCGUGAAUUUGAAGAUCUCCCCGCCAUGCAGAUACAGCUCAAUCUGUUCAAUGAUGGGGGAUACGGAAUUGGCAUCAAAAUGGCUCAUUCGUUGGCCGAUGCCCAGUCGCUGAUGGUGUUUGUUCAUCACUGGGCGGCUAAAAGUCGCAAAUUGUUCUCUUCCACGGACACCUCUUCUCUCAUGGAUGCUCCUAUCUUCGAUCCGAGACUGCUGGAUACACAUGCCGCAGGAGACAUUGAUGGACCAGCCGCUGAUCCUGCAUUGGUCUCUAUAGCUCGCCAGCUCCCACUACACCGGUUUGACUGGUGGCGCAUCGACGAUCCUGGAUAUUCGGAUUUUUCUAUUCCAGCGACAGAGAAUUCCAAACCGUCGCCGGAGAUUCUCUCUCAGGUAGAGAUAUCGCCUUCCACCCCCGGGCCAUGGACAACGUGGGACAUUUCCCGACCGGUGCGAUACACACAGCUGCACUAUCACGGAACCGAGCUCGAUCGCCUGAAGGAACAGGCGCGUGCGGAUGGUCGUCCGGACAUAUCCCGGUUGGAUGCGUUGCUGGCCCAUAUGUGGGCGGUGAUCAACCGUGCUCGCGGUCAUGGUGAUUCGACCGAGGAUGUCUUUCUUAACAUUACGCUGGGGGCGCGCGCUCGUGUAUCGCCUCCAUUGCCCGAAUCAUUCAUCGGCUCGCCGGUGUUCAACACUCAUAUCAAGGCUUCGGGCGCUUCUGUCUGUGAUUCCAGUGUAGGUCAAACAGCGAGCCAGAUCCGGGAUACGAUGCUGCAAUUCACGCCUGACGCGAUGGGCGCCAUGCUACAUGACGCGGCGCAUGAGGUUUCUCCACAGCGACUGUGGCAGGCGUUUCUAGGCACACAACAUACAUUGGCGACAUCUUGGCUACGGCUUAAAGUAUAUCAGGUAGACUUUGUUGGUUCCAAGCAGCAACCGCGAUAUGUACAUGCGGUGAUGCCCAAGAUGGAUGGUUGUCUGCAGGUGAUGGAUUCAGGGGUGGAUGAUGGGGGCAUCGAUAUCGCUCUGUAUUUAGAUGCAGAGGCGAUGGAAAAUCUUUUGGUGGAUAAAAAGUUACAUGUUUGA